UCCUCUGCCGCCUGUGCACCUCCUCCUGCCGGACCCAGAGGAGCUGCAGCCCCGCAGAGCCAUGGAGGAGGAGAGCCGACACACGGUGGCUUCCUGCACCGGAUCCAGCCUCCUGCAGCCGCUCAGCGAGAUCACCAGCCUGCCUCUGGACCAGGUGAACUUCGUGGCGUGUCAGCUGUGUGCGCUGCUGUCGGCCUUCUGGUUUCGUCUCUUCCUUCCUCCCAGCAGCACCAGUCCCUUCACCAGACACGUGGUGGCCACCGUACUGGGACUGUACUUCGCUCUCUUCUGCUUCGGCUGGUACGCACUUCACUUCCUGCUGCAGAGUGGACUCACCUACGUCAUCAUGAUCGUGACCGGAGCCCAGCACAUGCACAAGUACUGCCUGCUGGUGGCGCUCAGCUACUUGAGUCUGUGUCAGAUCACUCGAGUGUACGUCUUCGACUACGGCAUGUACUCUGCAGACUUCACCGGCCCCAUGAUGGUGAUCACACAGAAGAUUACCAGCCUGGCCUUCGAGAUCCACGACGGCAUGGCUCGGAGAGAGGAGCACCUGACUCCACGACAGAAGCUGCUGGCCAUCAGGAGGAUGCCCAGUCUGCUGGAGUACUUCAGUUAUAACUGUAACUUCCUGGGGAUCCUGGCCGGACCGACCUGCUCCUACAACGACUACAUCGCCUUCAUCGAGGGGGGGGGCAGGAAGUCAGAGCCGCGCGCGACGUCGCCAAACGCGGAGGUGGUGCGGAAGGUGGCGACCUCCUUCUUCUGCCUGCUCGUCUUCCUGUCCGUCUGCAAAGUUUUCCCCGUGGAGAGAAACAUUGACGACGACUUCCUGUCCUCCACGCCGCUCUACGGCCAGGUGGUCUACCUGUACCUGUCCAUGCUCACCACCAGACCCAAGUACUACUUCGUGUGGACGCUCGCUGAUGCGAUCAACAACGCCGCUGGUUUUGGUUUUAAUGGCUACGGCAGCGACGGCUCUGCUCGGUGGGACCGGAUCUCCAACCUGCGGAUACUGAACAUCGAGUUAGCCACCAGCUUCAAAGUGUUCCUCGACAACUGGAACAUCCAGACGGCUCACUGGCUCAAGAGGGUGUGUUACGAGCGCUGUCCCUACCACCCGACGGCAGCCACCUUCAUCUUGUCGGCCAUGUGGCACGGAGCGUACCCCGGGUACUACCUCACCUUCCUCACCGGCAUCGUCAUCACGCUGGCAGCCAGGGCGGUCCGACACAACGUCCGGCCGCACUUCCUGCGAUCCCCCACCCUCAAACGGGUUUACGACGUGAUCACGUGGGCGGCCACUCAGAUCGCCAUCUGCUACACGGUGGUGCCGUUCGUCCUGCUGUCCGUCGGACCGUCACUCAAGUUCUACCGGUCUUGGUACUUCAGCCUCCAUCUCGGCUGCAUCCUGCUGGCCGUGGCUCUGCCCGUCAAACCGAGACACCUCCGCCUCAAAGAGCAGCACCGCCUGCCGGCCACAGACCGCGACAGCAUCCGGAAAGAAAAGACCACAUGAUGACGAGGAACAAUCAACGCUUCACUUACAUAAACUUGUACAGAAAGACGAGGAGCGUCGCUUUCUGCUGUCGCGGGCAGAAGCACGGCGGCCGGGACAGGAAGUUAAAAACUGAAUAAUUUGGAUUCACGGGACAGGAAGUGAUGAAGUGUUUACCCACAAAUGAAUAACAUUACGAGGGAGACUGCCGGGACAGCGACUGGACGGAAGACCAUCAAUUCCUGUGUCUGCAAAGCUUGAGGA